AUGGCAAAAAAGAAAGGAUCCAAAACUUCUGAUUCUGGUUUCAGCGAUCCAAGAUUUGCGUCCGCUCGUACUGAUGCCAGAUUCCAACUCCCUAGUUUGAAAAAGAACAAGGUGAAAGUUGACGAUAGAUUCAGCAGAGAUGAGCUCAAAAAGUUAAACGUCAGCGCUACCGGCAAGAAAGUGAAGAUCGACAGAUACGGUCGUAAGAUAAAUGACGACGAAAAUCAGACUUUUGAUAAGUAUUUUGAGGAAGAAAAGGAUAGUGAAAGCGGCACUGACGCCAGUAGUGAGUCUGAGGAAAGUUCUGAUUCGGAGUCUGAUUCGGAUUCUGAGGAGACUAAGGUGGUCCGCAAGCCAUUGAAGAAGACUAUCGAACCAGAGGUUUCUGUUCUGGAUAGCGACUCUGAUACAGCCGUUGAGGAAGGAUUCAUAGAUAGGGCCAGAGGUGAAGGCUUAUCUUCCUCUUCGGAUGAGUCCGAUUCUGAUGAGGAAGUCGAAGAAGAAGACUCUGAGAUUGAGCUUGAGGAAGAAAAGCCCGAGGAAGGCGACCCUACCUCCUCCUUUGCUGUGGUUAACAUGGACUGGGACAACAUUCGCGCUGUUGACUUGAUGGCUACCUUCGUGUCUUUCGUUCCAAAAGGCGGAUCUAUCAAAUCUGUUACUAUUUACCCAUCUGAGUACGGUAAGGAGCAGAUGCAAAAGGAAGAAGUUGAAGGUCCACCAAAGGAGCUCUUCGCCAAAAAGAAGAAGAAGAAUGAUUCACAUUCCGACUCAGAUUCGGAUGAAGAGCUUGAUUUGAAAAACGCGGAUGACCUUGAAAAGGCAGCAAGAAAAAUCUAUGAAGAGGAUGAUGGAGAAGAAGACUACGACUCGAAGGCAUUGAGAAAGUAUCAACUUCAGAGAUUGAGAUAUUACUACGCUGUCGUGCAUUGUGAUAGCGUUUCCACCGCAAAGAACAUAUACGACAAUUGCGAUGGUUCUGAAUAUGAGUCCACAGCCAACACUUUUGACUUACGUUAUGUCCCAGAGGACAUGGACUUUGAUGACCAGGAGGCCAAGGAUCAAUGUGACAAAAUUCCAGCAUCUUAUAGACCAGACUCGACAUUCGUGACCGACGCUCUCCAGCACUCUAAGGUCAAGUUGACCUGGGACCAAACACCAAAGGAAAGAACCACUCUUUCCUCUCGACUGUUUUCACAGAAAGAGAUCGACGACAUGGACUUCAAGGCAUACUUGGCAUCUGAUAGUGAAGGUUCGGAGGCUGAACAAGCCGAGCUGCUCAAAGAUAAAUACAAGAAUCUUCUAGGUGGAAAGUUCUCAUUUGACAAGGGUAAUGAGGAGGAGGAGGAUGUUGACAUGGAGAUCACCUUCAACCCUGGUCUUGACGAGAACAAGGCCGAGGAGCAGCCAGAGGAGCCAAAGGAGGAGUCUACUAUCGACGCAUACAAGAGAAAAGAGAAAGAGCGCCGUGCUCGUAGAUUGGAGAAAUUCAAGGAGAAGCAAACCGAGAAUGAACCUGAAAAGGAGGAGAAGUCGGGCAAGAAAUCAAAGAAGGACAAGAAGAAAAAUAAGAAGCCUCAAGAGGUGGACGAGAAGAGUAAAGCAGAGCUUGAGUUGCUUCUUAUGGAGGAUGAUAAGGAUCAGGACCAAUCCAAGGCAGAGCAUUUCGAUAUGAGAGAUGUUCUUAAAGCAGAAAAGGAUAAAAAGAACAAGAAGAAGAAUAAAAAGAAUAAGAAGUACGAUACUGAGAUGGUCCAAGAUGGUUUCAAGGCUGAUUUGAACGAUGAUAGAUUCAAAGAGAUUUUCGAAAGCCAUGACUACGCUAUUGACCCUACAAGUUCCGAGUUCAAAAAGACGGACACCAUGAAGCGUAUUUUGGAUGAGCGUUCCAAGAGACUGAGAAGAGAGGAUGGUGACGAUCGCAAGAGCAAAAAGUCAAAGAAGAACAAAAAUUCGGAAAAGACAUCAGAAGACAAUACCCUGGCAUUGACUUCCUUGGUUGCCAAGUUGAAGAAUAAGCUGCACUGA